UGACGGCGGUCGGCAGAAUCGAUAACCAUGUCUAUCGUGGUAUCGGUCUUUCACAUGUUUUGCGGCGUGCGUUGAAAUAGUUCGUGAAAAAUAAACAUUAAAUUCCGCUUUAGGCAUGGAUAUAGAUGAGCUAUUCGACUGCUUUGAUGAAGAGUCGCCGUCGGUGCCGCCACCAGCACUUAACCAGGAGGAGAAGCCAUCGGGAAGCGGUGGCUCCAAGAAAGGAAACAAGCGCCAAGCGGCUGACACUACUUCCUCGAAAUCCUCGAAAGAAGCGGACGGCGAUGACAAAGGAGACGACACUGAGGAGCCCACCAAGCGUCUGAAGCAGGAGGAGUCAACGGAUGCGCUGGGUGACGACAAUCCAGAUGACGAACCCACUCGUACCCUCGAUAUAGACGAUUCCGCGGCUCUGGAGGCCCUGCGGAACAGGAUUGUCACGCACUUGUUGGACGCUCCGAAGUCAUGCACCCAUGAGGUUGCCGCGCAUCCCGACCAGGAGUACAUACCCCUAAAGCCGUUCAGCGGCGUGCCUGCAAAGGAGUACCCCUUCGUGCUCGAUCCGUUCCAGCGCCAGGCGAUUCUGUGCAUUGACAACAGCCAGAGUGUCCUGGUUUCCGCCCACACGUCAGCCGGAAAGACCGUGGUGGCGGAGUAUGCCAUAGCAAAAUCAUUGGCCGCCAAGCAGCGGGUUAUAUACACCACUCCCAUCAAGGCUCUGUCCAACCAGAAGUUCCGUGAAUUCACCGAAGAGUUUAAGGACGUGGGUCUGGUCACCGGUGAUGUGACCAUAAAUCCAUCGGCCUCCUGUUUGAUCAUGACCACCGAGAUUCUGCGGAACAUGUUGUACCGCGGUAGCGAGAUCAUGCGCGAGGUGGGCUGGGUGGUCUUCGACGAGAUUCACUACAUGCGCGACAAGGAGCGCGGCGUCGUCUGGGAAGAAACGCUCAUCCUUCUGCCGGACAACGUGCGAUAUGUCUUUCUCUCGGCCACCAUUCCCAAUGCUCGACAAUUCGCCGAGUGGGUCUGCCACCUGCACAAGCAGCCAUGUCACGUGGUCUACACCGACUACCGUCCCACUCCUCUGCAGCACUACAUCUUCCCGGCCGGAGGCGAUGGCAUCCAUCUUAUCGUCGAUGAAAAGGGGCAGUUCAAGGAGGACAACUUCACCACAGCAAUGGCAGUGCUGGCCAAUGCAGGUGAGGCCGGCAAGGGAGAUCAGAAAGGACGCAAUGGGGGCAUUAAGGGAACCAAUGCCGGACAAACAAAUAUCUUUAAAAUAGUCAAGAUGAUAAUGGAGCGCAAUUUUGCACCGGUGAUCAUUUUUUCGUUCAGCAAGAAGGACUGCGAGAUCUACGCCAUGCAGAUGGCCAAGCUGGACUUCAACACCCCCGACGAAAAGAAGCUAGUGGACGAGGUGUUCAACAAUGCCAUGGACGUGCUCACGGAGGAGGAUCGUCGACUACCGCAGGUGGAAAACGUGUUGCCGUUGUUGCGUCGCGGCAUUGGCAUCCAUCACGGCGGUCUGCUGCCCAUUUUGAAGGAGACAAUUGAGAUUCUUUUCGGCGAAGGUCUGAUCAAGGCCUUGUUCGCCACCGAAACCUUUGCAAUGGGCCUUAACAUGCCGGCUCGAACUGUGCUGUUUACGGCUCCGCGCAAGUUCGAUGGCAAGAACUUCCGAUGGAUCAGCUCUGGCGAGUACAUCCAGAUGGCGGGACGUGCCGGUCGACGAGGAUUGGAUGACAAGGGCAUCGUCAUCCUCAUGAUCGACGAAAAAGUUUCGCCGGCUGUUGGUCGUGACAUUGUUCAGGGCAAGGCAGAUCCCAUCAAUUCGGCCUUCCAUCUUACAUACAAUAUGGUGCUAAAUCUGCUUCGCGUGGAGGAAAUCAAUCCGGAGUACAUGCUGGAACGCAGUUUUUAUCAGUUCCAAAAUCAAGCUGCACUGCCCGGCCUGCAUGACCAGGUGGAGCAGAAGACGCUGGAGCUGAAUAAGCUGACUAUCAAGGACGAGCACAACAUUGCCUCCUACCAUCACAUACGCUCUCAGCUGGAUCAGCACGGCAAGGAGUUCCGUCAGUGGAUAACGAAGCCGCAAUACCUUUUGCCGUUCCUACAGCCAGGUAGGUUGGUCAAGGUGGCCGCCGGCUCCCAGGAGUACGACUGGGGGAUUGUGCUGAACUUCAAGAAGCAAGACCAAAGCCGCAAGAACCCUUUAAAGGCUGAGCCCAGCGUCACGAUUGAUGUUUUGCUGCACGUCAGUGAAGCGGCCGCCAAAACCGGCGACACGGAGCCAUGCAAACCGAACGAACGUGGAUGCAUGGAGGUGGUGCCCGUGGCCCACACCCUCAUCACCCAGAUCAGCUCGAUUCGCGUGUACUUCCCCAACGAUCUACGCAGUGCUGACAAUCGGCGAGCCGUGCUAAAGACUAUCCAGGAGGCCAAGAAACGAUUCCCCCUGGGACCACCGGUCCUCAAUCCCAUCGAUGACAUGAACAUCAAGGAUCGAGAUUUCCGCGAUAUUGUCAAUACCAUUGCCCAAUUUGAGAAGCGAUUGGAGGAGCAUCCGCUGCACAAGUCACCGGAACUGGAGCGUAUACACCGGCGGUACCAGGACAAGCUAACGCUACAAAAGCAGCUGCAAGACCUAAAGGCCGAGCUAAAGGCUGCCCGCAGUCUGCUGCAGAUGGAGGAACUGAAGCACCGCAAGCGUGUGCUCCGGCGCAUGGGCUACUGCAAGCCUGGUGACGUCAUCGAGUUCAAGGGUCGUGUUGCCUGCGAACUGAGCUCGGCGGAUGAGCUUCUCAUGACCGAGAUGAUCUUCAACGGAGUAUUUAACGACCUCACGGCUCCGCAAGCCGUGGCUCUCCUCUCCUGCUUCGUUUGCGACGAGAAGUCCAGCGAGUCGGUGAAAAGCGCCACGGAGCUAUCGGGCCCACUGCGCUCGAUGCAGGAUCUGGCGCGGCGCAUUGCCAAGGUGUCCACGGAAUGCAAACUCGAUCUGGACGCCGAUACGUACGUGGACAAGUUUAAGCCCUUCCUAAUGGACGUGGUGCUGGCGUGGUGCAAGGGCUCCAGCUUCCUUGCCGUCUGCAAGAUGACCGACAUCUUCGAAGGCUCCAUCAUCCGCUGCAUGAGGCGACUGGAGGAGCUUCUGCGCCAGAUGUGCCAGGCCUCGAAGACCAUUGGCAACACGGACCUGGAAAACAAGUUCUCCGAAGGAAUAAGGCUGCUCAAGCGUGACAUUGUCUUUGCCGCGUCGUUGUAUCUGUAAGAUUCUAGGAAAAUCUAUUUUAAGGCCUAACUUCCACUUCCAUUCCAAUCGUAUUUUAUUGGAAUCGGAUUUGUUUCUUAGAUCCAUUAAGCUAUUUCCUAGCUUGAUGUUUGGUCAUAGAUUUAGUUUUGAAACUCAAAAACGCAUAACUCUGCUGUCAGAUUUUCGAAGCUUGCAAUUAUUCAUUGAUUAAUUACCCAACAACCUUUGUAAAUUUGUUUUAUGAUAAAAAGUUAUUUUAUCCACGGUUAAUAAAAUAAAUAUGACCAUGAGAUCUAACAAAUAUUUACUUACAUUUGUUUUAUUUCAAAUCCACAACAGUGAAGUAAAAUUUGUCAUAAAUGAUAAUGUGAAAUUAAAGCAAAUACGAAAACAACAUUGAGUAAUGUAAAAAUAUUUAUUUAUGGACAAAUACAUCAAACUUAUCUAACGUACAUAUAAACAUAUAUAAUGUGGUAAAAACAAUAUGCUUUCGAUCGUGUAACAAAUGAAGAUAUAUACAGAAAAACAAUGUACACGAUACUUUUGAAAACAUAAGUUAUUGGACGGUUCACACUGAUUUUGUAUGGUCAUUUUGCUUAUAUGCGACACAACGAACAUAUAGAAGUUAUAUAACUAGGAGUACAUUUAUGUAUGAAAGGCACACUUAGUUGGUACAUGGAUGGGGGGCACUGUUCAUUAAGAACUAGUGGUGGGUCCAUCGAGGACAAUUACCAGAUAUUAAGGCACUGUAGGCAUUGCUCUUGAUGAUGUGUGGGAGUGGCUAGGAUCUAAUGGUAUUCUAAUGAUAUUCUUAUGAUACGGGACGCAACAAUGUUAUUAUGAGUUUGUUAUUAAAUAAUAGCAGGUCUUAAAUAAUGUAAUGCAUUAUUUUUAAUAACGUUAGUUUAUUCUUUUUCUAUAUUUGAUUUAAAAGAUAUACUCUCUUUACAAUUUCAUUCGAUAUUACUGCCACUAAAAGGGAGUUUUAAAAAGUUAAGCUCAGCAUUGGUUAUUGAAAUACUUGUAUUAUAUAGCUAAUUCCCUUCAGUUAAGGCAGAACAUUUCCUAGAUUUAAAUAAUUCUUAUUAUACAUUAAAAUUCUAUAUAUACACGUGAAGGCCGAUUAUAAGGCUAUGGAAUGUCAUUGAUAUGGAUUUGUAUUCGUUGGGUUAUCAAACUUACGAACAAUUUAACUUAAAUUAAAACUAAAAAC